UUUUGUAACAUCUCCAUUGAAGAAGAACUACAUCUUUGAAAGUAUCCUUAUACUGCAACAAGAACCGUAAUCUUUCUUUAUUUUAUUUACAGGAAAAUUAUUCAAUCAUGGAAACCCUCACUAAAGCUUCAAUGGCAGUUUGUCCAUUUAUCAAAUCAAGUUCAACUCAAGCUUUACGUCAGUUAAGUAACACUGGUGGUUUGACUUCCCAAGCUCGUCACUGUCCAUUUAUGGGUGCCGCUUUGACAGCUAAGGAACAAGCUAGACUUUACUCCACUAAGCUGGUCAAGCGUUCUGCUACUACUUCUGCUAAGGUUGCAACAGGUACUACUAGUAGCUCUAGUUACAAACUUGCUACCCCAGAAUUAUCUAAUGCCCAAGUUGAUCUUUCUAAUCAUGAACUUGCAUUUGAUUUCAACGGAUACUUGAACGAUGAUUUAAACAAGAAAAGAUUGGACAAAUCUUAUAGAUUCUUCAACAACAUCAAUCGUUUAGCCCAUGAAUUUCCAAAGGCCCAUCGUGCUGAUGAACAAGAUCGUGUCACUGUUUGGUGUUCCAAUGAUUACCUUGGUAUGGGUAAGAACCAACAAACUUUGGAUGAAAUGAAGCGAGUUUUGGACAAGUAUGGUUCCGGUGCGGGUGGUACUCGUAACAUUGCCGGUCACAACACCCAUGCUAUUAGGUUGGAAUCUGAAUUAGCUGCUUUACACAAGCAUGAAGCUGCGUUAGUUUUCAGUUCAUGUUUUGUUUGUAACGAUGCUGUUUUGUCUUUGUUUGGUCAAAAGAUUAAAGAUUUGGUUAUCUUCAGUGAUGAAUUAAACCAUGCUUCUAUGAUUCAAGGUAUUCGUAACUCUCGUGCUCGUAAGCAUAUUUUCAAGCACAAUAAUUUACAAGAUUUGGAAGAGAAAUUGGCUCAAUAUCCAAAAUCAACUCCAAAGUUGAUUGCUUUUGAAUCCGUUUACUCCAUGUGUGGUUCCAUUGCUCCAAUUGAAGCCAUUUGUGAUUUAGCUGAAAAGUAUGGUGCCUUGACUUUCUUGGAUGAAGUUCAUGCUGUUGGUAUGUAUGGUCCUCAUGGUGCCGGUGUUGCUGAACACUUGGAUUUCGAAGCUCAUUUGAAACUGGGUAUUAACCACCCUGAUAUUACUACUGUUAUGAGUAGAGUUGAUAUGGUUACUGGUACUUUAGGUAAGGCCUUUGGUACUGUUGGUGGUUACAUUACUGGUAAAGCCAACAUGAUUGAUUGGUUUAGAUCUUAUGCUCCUGGUUUUAUCUUCACCACUUCCUUGCCACCUGCUAUUAUGGCUGGUUCCGCUACCUCAAUUAGAUACCAACGUUCUACUUUAGCUGAUCGUAUUGCUCAACAGAAGAAUACUAGAUAUGUUAAGAACAACAUGAAUGCUUUGGGAUUACCAGUUAUGCCAAAUCCUUCUCAUAUUGUUCCAGUAUUAAUUGGUAACGCUGGUGAUGCCAAGCGUGCUUCUGAUUUAUUAUUGAACAAGUACGAUAUCUACGUUCAAGCUAUCAACUUCCCAACUGUUCCAAUUGGUGAAGAAAGAUUGAGAAUUACUCCUACCCCAGGUCACGGACCUGAAUUAUGUAACCAUUUAAUUGAAUCUGUUGACUCAGUAUUCAAGGAAUUAAACUUGAAGAGAAUUAAUGAUUGGGCUAAGAUUGGUGGGUUAUGUGGUGUUGGUCAAGAACAUGACAUGGACGAACACAUUUGGACCGAUGAACAAUUAUCUUUGACUGAUGCUGAUUUGAAUCCAAAUGUUUUCAACCCAGAAAUCUCACCUAUUGGUGUUUCUUCUGGUGUUCCAUCCGUGUCUCCAAUCUACUAAGCGAGGCAUGCUUGCCCACCAAUUUUUUUUAAAUUCUUACAGUGACUGACAGAUUUGACUUUAACUUAAAACUCCCCAAAAAAAACAAUGCUUUAUUUACUUUUAAUAUUUUUUUUGUACUUAUAUUACUUUACUGAGUCAAUCACUAUAUAUUAUUACCUAUGAAUAGUUAUUUUCUUGUUUAUAUGAAUGUAUUACAUAUUUAACUUCAUAUUGUAUAUUGAUUU